GAAGAUAGUAGUAAAUAUUUGUUUUGAAAUUUAAAUAUUUUUAUUAUUGUUAUUAAUGUCUAAAAACGUGCGUCCGCGAGAUUGGAAAUCAGGGAAUGAUCAACACAUAAAUAAAAAACAGAAAUGUCAUCAUACCACCAACAACGAGAAUAGCAGCAAUAAAUCUCUUAUAGAACCCAGUGAAAGUGUAUUAUGGCCAGAAACAGAAGACAGCUUUUUUACUGAUUCAAAAUUGGACAAACUUUUAGAAUCACAUGGCGAGGGUAAUGCAGCGGCUAGUAGCCAUCAAUUCUAUGAUGACCAUGCAGACGACAGUUUAUUUACCGACAUUGUGCUGGAAAACGAACCUUUGAGUAGUGGUGAAAAUAUUGGUGGCACACCCAUGAUACAAAUUUUGCCCAAUACAGAUAUAGCUGGAGAUGAUACAUUAUUUUCGGAAAUAAAUUUAGAUGAAUUAGUGGCAAUAGAAAGUGAUAAAAUAGUGGAAAAUGUAGAAUUGAUACCAACUCAAAGCGGUAGAACAACUGUUGCUGUGAACAAAGCUCAAGACGAGUUAGAUGAUUUAUUCAAAGAUGAUUUUCCCAUUGAAGAGGUGGCUCAAUGUACGCAAAAAUUUCUUAAUGAUGUGGCCUUUAAAGUUCCCCAAACAAUAGCAGCUGCUAAUGAGACUCAAAAGAUUUACAAAUUGCCCAUAGAUGGUUGUAUACAGGGUACUCAGUAUGAGACACGCGAAGAGAUUCAAAAUCGUACCACACAUCCGUUGCAUCAAACCUAUAUCGCUGAGGCGAAUCGCACAGAGUUGCAUCAUUUAUCAAAUAUUAAUUGGGACUCUCAAAUGUUCGAACAUGAAGUUAUUGAAGAUUAUCCAUGUAAGGGAGAUUUUUAUGGUCUGCCCGAGAAGGUUAAGCAAAUGAUAUUUAAUCACAAGGGUAUAAAAAGUUUAUAUGAGUGGCAAAAUGAAUGUCUCAACCUGCCAGCCAUACGCCAGCGUAAAAAUCUCAUCUACGCUUUACCCACUAGUGGUGGCAAAACUUUGGUAGCCGAAAUAUUAAUGCUGCGUGAGGUAAUAUGUCGUGAGAAAAAUGUUCUUUUCAUAUUGCCCUACGUGUCAAUAGUUCAAGAAAAGGUCAGUGCAAUGUCACCUUUUGCCAUAGGCUUAGAUUUCAUUGUAGACGAGUAUACAGCCGGCAAAGGUAAAUGUCCACCUGUGCCCCGAAAGAAACGUAAAAGUAUUUAUAUAGCCUCAAUCGAGAAAGGAGCUGUACUAUUGGAUAGUUUAAUUGAUGCGCAAAGAGCAAAUGAGAUUGGUUUAGUGGUGGUAGAUGAGUUGCAUUUGAUUGGUGAAAAGGGUAGAGGUGCCUAUUUGGAAGCAUUGUUAACAAAAAUUAUGUAUUUAAAUGCUAAAAUACAAAUCGUGGGCAUGAGUGCAACUAUUGGCAAUCUUUCGGAAUUAUCUGAAUUCUUAAAGUCUGAUGUUUAUACGCGUGGCUUUCGUCCUGUUGAGCUUAAAGAAUACAUUAAAUGUGGUCGUGAUAUAUUGGAAAUUAAUUUACAAGGAAAAACUUUAGAAGAAAUUUUUGUUUAUAGUCGUAGUGUUAGUUUUAAUUAUAGUGAAGCAGUACAAAAAUCGGAUCCUGAUCAUUUGGCUGGUUUGGUAACGGAGUGUGCUCCCAAAAGUGGCUGUUUAAUAUUUUGUUCUUCACGUAAGAAUUGUGAGAAUGUGGCUGUUCUAUUAAGUCGGGUAUUGCCAAAAUCCAAAUUCCUGGAGUAUCGCAAAAGCGAAAAAACUGAUCUAAUGGAUGCUCUCGAUAAAGUUUGUGGCAUUUUGAGUCCGGUCUUAGCGCGCACCAUACCCUAUGGUGUGGCCUAUCAUCAUUCGGGUCUCACCACCGAUGAACGUAAAUUUAUUGAGACGGCUUAUCGUUUCGGUGUACUGAGUGUCAUAUGUUGUACAUCUACACUGGCGGCAGGUGUUAAUCUGCCAGCGAAACGUGUUAUUAUUCGAGCACCGUAUGUGGGUGCAGAAUUUAUGACCUUGUGCAAGUAUAAGCAAAUGAUUGGUCGUGCGGGUCGUGCGGGUAUGGGUGAGGCGGGAGAGAGUAUAUUGAUAAGUUCGAGUCGCGAUAAUGUUCGUGUGGGUGAGAUGUUGUUUUCUCCCAUGGACAAGGCGAUUAGUUCGUUGGACUAUCAGGGAAGAAUUGGUUUACAGACUCUCAUUCUCAGUGCAAUUGGUUUGGGUUUAGCUUCGUGUCGUGCCGACUUACAUCGUCUGGUUCAAGGCUCCCUGUUGGCUGUUCAAUCCACCCAACUUGGCAUCUCCGUCGAUUCUAUGGUUAAGCAAAUAUUACGUGAAAUGUUUAAAAAUAAAGUCCUACAUAUGUCCAAUACGGAUGCCAAAAAAGAUGUAUCUGAUAUCUUAACAACCCAAGAUCUACAAAACAAAACCAGUUGUACCAUACCAGAGCGUACCAUUAAAUUACAUAACAAUACACGCUUUCAAUUGACCACCAUAGGCAAGGCGGCUUUCAAGGCUGGCAUAGAUUAUCGUCGAGCCUACGCCAUCCACAAUGAACUGGCCACGGCACAGAAACAACUGAUACUCAGUAAUUAUGGUCAUUUGCUUUAUCUAGUGGUCGCUUUCAAUUCGAAUGCUGUGGGUGAUGAACUAUUCCCAGCCGAUGCUGCCAUUUUAUUUCGUGCCUAUGAACAGCUGGAUGAACCCACCCAUAAUCUGUUUAAACAAAUGGGUUUUACCGAUGCUCAUGCUGCGAAAAUUGUGAAAAAUAUGUCCAUACAGGGUCCAAUGGAAUUGAAACUGAAUCGUUUAUAUAAAGUUUUGAUACUGAUGGAUCUAAUAAACGUUGAGCCUUUGCCGACUGUGUCGGCUAAAUUUAAUAUUGAACGUGGCCAGUUGCAGAAUUUAGCGAGUCAGGCGACAGCAGCUGCCAGUGCUAUUGUGCGUUUGUGUGAACAAGUAGCAGAGUUUUGGUGUUUUAAGCCGUUAUUUGAACGUAUUGGCAAGAAGAUGGAUCGUUGUGGAACUUUGGAAUUGGAACCGUUGCUGGAAUUGCCAGCUGUGAAAAUUAAUCGUGCCAAACAAUUGUAUGCAGCUGGCUUUAAAACAGUAGAGGAUAUAGCCAAAACACGGCCCAUCGAUUUGGUUAAAUCUGUUGAACAUAUGCCCAUGAAAAUUGCCAAAGAAAUUAUAUCAGCUGCCAAGAUAAUUCUAAUGAAAAAACUAGAUCAUUUGGAAGAAGAGACGGAAGCUCUAAAAGUCUGCCUACGGCCGGAUAAUCUAACACAAUUUGAAACACUGAAUUAA